UUAUGACUAUGCAUUUAUCACUUCAAAGAAAACCUCUUACAAAAAAACAUAAGCUAUAGCUCUUGAGUUUAAAGCUUAUGCUAUUCUUCCAUAAACAAAAGUAUCAUCACUUCUCAUCAUCUCUUAGCAAUGUCUAGAAGCUUAAGAAACCUCUCACUUUCUUCCAAAAUUAUCUCUUCCAUAACAUUGAUUCUCUCAAUAAACUCUCUUUUCUUCUUUUCAUGUUGUUACUCUCUUGAUGAACAAGGCAAAGCCCUUUUGGCAUGGAAGAAAAGUUUGAAUGGUAGUUCUAAAGAUGCAUUAUUAGCAUCUUGGGACCCUUCAAACCAAACACCAUGCAAUAACUGGUUUGGUGUGAAAUGCAACUCAGAAAAUGAAGUCAUAGAGAUAAACUUGAACUCAGUGAACUUGCAAGGUUCAUUGCCUUCAAAUCUUCAAUCUCUUAAGUCCUUGAAGAUUCUUGUCCUCUCAUCAACCAACAUCACAGGAAGAAUCCCAAGAGAGUUUGGAGACUAUCAAGAACUCAUCUCAAUUGAUCUUAGUAGAAAUUCUCUCUUUGGUGAAAUACCAGAAGAGAUUUGCAAGCUAAGAAAACUUGAGAGUUUAGGACUCCAUGAUAACUCUCUUGAAGGAAAGAUUCCAUUGAAUAUUGGAAACUUAUCAAGCCUUGUGAACUUGACACUCUUUGAUAACAAAUUGAGUGGUGAAGUUCCAAAGAGCAUUGGCUAUUUGAGAAAGCUUCAAGUGUUCAGAGCUGGAGGGAACAAAAAUCUCAAGGGAGAGCUUCCAUUUGAGAUUGGAAACUGCACUAACUUGAUGAUCUUAGGCCUAGCCGAAACCGGCAUUUCCGGCAGUAUUCCGGCAUCAAUAGGGAUGCUGAAAAGGCUUCAAACCAUUGCAAUUUACACAACACUAUUGUCAGGUUCUAUUCCUGAAGGGAUUGUGAACUGCAGUGAGUUGCAGAGUCUUUACUUGUACCAGAACUCUAUUUCUGGUUCAAUUCCAACUCAAAUUGGAAAACUCAGCAAGCUUCAGAAUCUACUCUUGUGGCAGAACAAUAUAGUUGGAACAAUUCCUCAAAGUCUUGGAAGCUGCACAGAACUCAAUGCCAUAGAUUUGUCACUGAAUCUUCUCACAGGUAGCAUACCAAAGAGUUUCGGAAAGCUAUCAAAUCUUCAAGUUCUUCAACUCAGUGUUAACCAGAUUUCAGGUACUAUACCUGAAGAAAUCUCAAACUGCACUUCUCUGUAUCAGAUUGAAGUUGACAACAAUGCUAUUUCUGGGGAGAUUCCUUCUCUUAUUGGCAACUUGAGAAGCUUGACUCUGUUCUUUGCAUGGAAGAACAAGCUAACUGGAACAAUUCCAGAUAGUCUUUCAGAUUGCAAAGAUCUUCAGGAGCUUGAUCUUUCAUACAACAGUUUGAUUGGUCCAAUACCGAAACAACUAUUCGGAUUAAAGAACCUCUCAAAGCUGCUGCUUCUUUCCAAUGAAUUCUCAGGCCUUAUUCCACCUGAUAUUGGUAACUGCACAAGUUUAUACAGGUUGAGGUUGAACCAGAACAAAUUUUCAGGAACUAUUGCAUCUGAGAUUACCAACUUGAAGAAUCUGAACUUUCUUGAUCUUGGAAGCAACCAUCUUGUAGGGGAGAUUCCUCAAGACCUUCACAGAUGCCAAAAACUCGAGUUUCUUGAUCUUCAUUCCAAUAGUCUCACAGGUUCAGUUCCAUAUAUGCUUCCAACAAGCCUGCAAUUCAUUGAUUUCUCAGAUAAUAGGCUAGAAGGUGAACUAAACCAUUCCAUUGGUUCACUAACUGAAUUAACAAAAGUCAACUUGGGAAAGAAUCUUCUCAGUGGAAGAAUCCCUUCAGAGAUUGCUUCUUGUUCUAAGCUGCAACUUCUAGACUUGGGAGGCAAUGGCUUUUCAGGUGAAAUUCCAAAGGAAAUUGGUCAAAUUCCUUCGCUCGAAAUCGGCCUCAAUCUCAGCUAUAACCAGUUUUAUGGUGAAAUUCCAGCAGAAUUCUCUGGCCUUAGCAAACUUGGAGUGCUUGAUCUUUCACACAACAAGCUCUCAGGGAAAUUAGAUGCUUUUUCUGAGCUUCAAAAUCUUGUUUCCUUGAAUGUUUCCUUCAAUCAUUUCUCUGGUGAAUUGCCUAACACUCCAUUCUUCAGGAAGAUUCCAAUCAGUGAUAUCACUUCAAAUGAUGGUCUCUUCAUUGCUGGUGCUGCUACACACAAAGUUCAUGCAAGAUUAGCUAUGAAGAUCAUAAUGUGCAUUCUCUUGAUCACAAGUGCAGGAGUAGCACUCUUCACAAUCAGUUUCUUGAUUCGUGCUUAUAUGGCCAACAAAUCACUCAUGAAAAGUGAAAAUUGGGAGAUAAAUUUGUACCAGAAGUCUGAAUUCUCAUUCUCUAUUGAUGACAUUGUCAAGAAUCUGAUAUCAGCCAAUGUGAUUGGAACUGGAAGCUCUGGUGUUGUGUACAAGGUAGAGACUCGAAAUGGUGAAACACUAGCAGUUAAGAAGAUGUGGACAUCAUCAUCAGAGUCCAAUGGAGCAUUCAGUUCAGAGAUUAAGAUACUAGGUUCAAUCAGACACAAGAACAUCAUCAAGCUUCUUGGUUCUGGAUCCGACAAGAACAAGAGCAUGAAUCUGCUGUUCUAUGAGUACCUCCCUAAUGGAAGCCUGAGUUCAUUGCUUCACGGUUCAGGAAAAGGGAAAGCAGAAUGGAAAACCAGAUAUGAUAUUGUGUUAGGCUUGGCUCAUGCACUGGCAUGUUUGCACCAUGAUUGUGUGCCUCCUAUAAUUCAUGGAGAUGUAAAAGCUAUGAAUGUGUUACUAGGCCAUGGCUAUCAUCCUUAUCUUGCUGACUUUGGUCAUGCAAGAAUUGUAGCUGAAAAUGCUGACAAGCCAGUUCAAAGACACUACCUUACUGGUUCCUAUGGAUACAUGGCUCCAGAGCAUGCAUUGAUGCAGUGUAUCACUGAGAAAAGUGAUGUUUACAGUUUCGGAGUGGUGUUACUUGAGAUCCUCACAGGAAGGCACCCUUUGGAUCCAACUCUUCCUGAGGGUGCAAACUUGGUUCUUUGGGUCAAGAACCACUUGGCUAACAAAGGAGAACCAUUUGAGAUCAUUGACACAAAUCUUAGAGGGAGAAUAAAUGACCCUACUGUGCACCAUGAGAUGCUUCAAACUUUGGCAGUGUCAUUUUUAUGUAUCAGCAACAAACCUUAUGAACGUCCUACAAUGAAGGACACUCUUGCAAUGCUCAAGGAAAUUAGACCCUUUGGUGAAGCCUCAGGGGAAGAUCAUCAUGUGUUCAAGGGAGGUUUUUAACAAGACUUAAGAAUGCAGUUUCAGAUGAAUCUUCUAACUAGAUGAAUACUUGCAUGGUUCACAUUAAUUGUGCAUAGUGUAUUGGUAUGCCAGUUAGAGCUGGCUAGAAUAACUAGAGAUAUUCAAAUAUAAUCUUAUUAGAUAUACAAGUAAGAAAGUGUUCUAGAUGUUUUCAGUUUUUCACCCAACUUACUUCUGUUUUUUUUAGGUUUAUUGGUUUUUGAAUAUAAUGAUAAAAUAAGAUCUUCUUGGCCACAAUUUUACCUU